AUGGGUUCACUGCGGAUCAUGAGGGACUGUUUUAUUGUCGUCCGAAUCGAUGGCCAAAAGUUUCAUAAGUUCUCCAAAAGACAUAACUUCUUGAAACCAAAUGAUAAACGAUGUCUGGAUCUAAUGAACGAAUCGGCGAAACACGUGAUGAAAGCCUUCUUUCCCAAUAUAGUGAUCGCUUACGGCCAAAGCGAUGAAUUCAGUUUCAUUAUCCGUCGGGUCUCUGAUCUGUACAAAAGGCGACAAAACAAGAUUACAUCACUUAUCGUCUCGUCCUUUACCUCUGCGUUCGUCUUCUAUUGGUCGCAGUAUUUCGUCAACAACUCUACGGUUGCCAACGAUUGUCACCAAUCGGUUCCACUUCAAUACCCACCCGCGUUCGACGGCCGGUGUGUUCUGUAUCCCAACGCGAAAGUAGUGAUGGAUUACCUGCGAUGGCGUCAAGUGGACUGUCAUAUCAAUAAUCUCUAUAACACGACAUUUCACGCCCUCACCGGUCAGUACACCAAAUACGUGGCCAACACUUCGGGCGACAAUUGCUAUAGUUUUUCGACCGAUUGGAGGCCACAGACGGGCGACAGACCCGCGCCGUUGACAGCCAGAGAGGCGACCGAAAGGCUAUCCAAAACUGUGAGUUCCGAUAAACACGAGAUACUGUUCACCGAAUACGGCAUUAAUUACAACAACGAAUUGGAACAGUUCAAGAAGGGGUCAGUCAUUCAUCUGAAUAUCAGUCAACAACUGUUGGAAAGUAUUGUCUCUAAGAAUAAGAAGAAACACAAUAUUUUGAACCAAUUGGGAGACGAAGCGGAGGACACGGAUAUCAAUCAAUACCUAUCCCUUAAUUAUAUCGAUAUUAUUAAAGAAGACUCUUUAGUAACAGAAGAAUAUGAUUUUGUGGUCACUAUUACAUCAAGUCUUCAAUUGCAACAAAAUUUAGCAUUCGUUAACAUAAAGAACCAAUGGUUGGAUUACUUUAUGUAUUUAAAAAAUGACUCGCGUUUGGAUUCAUUGAUCAGAGACUCUAACAUUCCUAACAAACAAAACAUUUCAUUUCAACCCAAUUCUACCGAAAAAUCCGACCAAAAGAAAAGCCCAAAAAGUGGAUACAAAAGCCCACCGAAAACGAUUCAUUUAGUGAGACCACAAAUAAGUGAAAGCGAAAAACUUGAGCGAUAUUUGAGUCGUAAACAGAAUUUGGAUGUUUUGGAGGAACAAAAUAUGUUAACAAAAGAGAUAAAAGUUGAUCCGCAGUCUCACGAGUCGUUAGGAUUUAACGCCGCGAACGAACCCAUCGUUGAUAUCGAGAAACCAAUUUAUAUCAAGAAAUAA